AUGCGCGUUAAGGUGACUCUAGCAGCAGAGUGCCGCGGCUGAGCGGUCUUCCUCUGGGGUGGGAGUGAUGUGGCGGUGGGGAGUGUUUUCUGCUGCUUUCAGGAUCGGGCUCGAGGAGUGUCUUGGUCGCUAGUAAGGCGCUGCUGCUGCUAGAGGUUCUCCCUGGGCCAAGGGCUUCCCUCCACCUCAGUUGAGCAGGGCAGGCGGCGACAGGAGCUGUGGGCCUCUGGGGCCGCGGAUGCUUCCUGUGGCCUUUGGUGUAAGGAGCCGCCGUGGUGCGGGACCGGGGACCGGUUUGUGCGUGUGGCGCUGUGCGGCCGGUUUGUGAGCUCUGGGAAGAGUGAGUUCCUGUGCUUGAGGCUCUUUGAGAAGGCGUAGAGAUCCCAUUUUCUCUGCUGAUAGCGUCAUCUUGGAGGAAUAUGAUCUUGCUGCUCCACUAACUUGCUAGAAAUAUUGGCUUAUCUACGCCUCUGCCUGUGGUGCCUAUCCUUUCUCAGCGUAACUCGGCAGAGGAAGAAAAGCAGCCAAGCUGCAGAGAAUUUUAAGCAAGCAAAGCAGGAUGGAUGGGAAGAAGUGGUACCAAGUCACGAAUGGCAUGGUUUCAGCAGAGUUCAGGCCUCUUUGAAGAGUUCUGACAUCCAGGAGGCUGAAAAACACUCCAAUGAACAAAAAUGGAAGGAGGCAACAGUCCAAACAUGCAACUUCAGCAAAUCCCACUGGCCACAGCAGCGGUUUCUGUGCAGCCACACACAGACUCCUUUUCUUAUAAGGAGAACUUGAUUGGUGCAUUACUAGCUAUUUUUGGGCAUCUUGUUAUUAGUAUUGCACUCAAUCUCCAGAAAUACAGCCAUAUCCGGUUGGCAGGUUCCAAAGAUUCCCGAGCCUAUUUCAAAACCAAGACAUGGUGGUGUGGACUUUUUCUGCUGGUUCUGGGAGAACUGGGAGUGUUUUCCUCUUAUGCUUUUGCUCCUCUUUCACUGAUUGUGCCUCUCAGUGCAGUGUCUGUUAUAGCUAGUGCAAUCAUAGGAAUUAUAUUUAUUAAAGAAAAAUGGAAGCCCAAGGAAUUUUUGAGGCGAUAUGUUUUGUCCUUUGUAGGCUGUGGUUUGGCAAUUGUUGGAACUUAUCUGCUGAUUACAUUUGGACCUAAUAGUCAUGAGAAGAUGACAGGAGAAAAUAUCACUAGGCAUUUAGUGAGCUGGCCAUUUCUGUUGUAUAUGCUUGUGGAGAUCAUCAUAUUCUGCUUGCUACUGUAUUUUUACAAGGAGAAAAAUGCAAACUACAUUGUAAUUAUUCUCCUGUUAGUAGCUUUGCUGGGUUCCAUGACUGUUGUAACAGUGAAGGCUGUGGCAGGCAUGAUUGUUGUCUCAAUACGAGGAAACCUCCAACUUAACUACCCGAUAUUUUAUAUCAUGUUGGUGUGCAUGAUUGCUACAGCAGUCUUUCAAGCAACAUUUUUAGCUCAAGCUUCACAGCUCUAUGACUCAUCCCAGAUUGCGAGCAUUGGCUACAUCCUGUCCACAACAGUAGCUAUCACAGCAGGAGCAACUUUCUACCUGGAUUUCACUGGUGAAGAUGUUCUUCAUAUAUGUAUGUUUGCACUUGGAUGCCUCAUAGCAUUUCUAGGUGUCUUCCUGAUCACAAGAAAUAGGAAGAAAUCUGUACCGUUUGAACCUUAUAUAUCAAUGGAUGCUAUGCCAGGUAUGCAAAACAUGCAUGACAAAGGGAUUGCAGUUCAGCCUGACCUCAAAGCUUCCUUUUCCUAUGGUGCCCUAGAGAACAAUGACAACAUGCCAGAAAUUUAUACACCAGCUACGCUGCCAAUAGUGCAGGAGCAACAUGGUUCCAGGGGAGUUUCUGCUCCACCAUACCGGGUUCUGGAGCACAGCAAAAAGGAGUGAAUGACCUUUAGGGGACUGAUUUGACUCAUCAGAAGUAUGACCUUUAUUUAUUUACCUGAUUAAAAUAUACGCAAGUGUUAAGCCAACUUUGGUAUAGUUUAAAGUUUGUCUCAAACUUAACUUUUAAGACUGAUUAUUAAAAUAAGCAACUCUCUGUAGUUGUGAAGUUGAAAGCAUUCCUCUUAGCAAGAAGUAAAUCACAGUCCUCUGUUGAAGGCUGCUGUCCAAGAGUAUGAAAUACUGACUACAGUAUCAUGGCUUUAGGAAUCUAAUGAAAUAGUAGACGCUGUGAGAAUGCAGAGCUGUGGGAAGAGAAGUAAUCAUGCAGUUUUUAGCCCUGCUGGGAGUGGGUUUAUUUCCAAAUAGAGGUUUUCAGGGGUUGUUCACAGUAAGAGGAGGGAAGGAUUUAAUCUUUUACAUAGAGAGACUGAUGGAUAUUUAGAAAAGUUAUAAAUCCUCACAUUUCUAACAUAACCACCAUGCUACCUUAACAUGGCAAUAAAAUCUAAUUGUUUUCAAGCACGAAUACUGAAACUUACUGUGUAUUCUUGGGCUUUUCUUGUAUAGCCAUUCUUUAGCUUGUGUUAAAGGUAUGUACUGAGCAUGUUAAUUCUUUAUCUAGCACUGCUGGAUUACAUGACAGUUUAGAACAAAGACUGUUGGCCAUUUCUGUCGUUUCACAGCAAGAGCUUCAAGUUGGAUCAAAGGGUACAGGGACAACACUGCAGUAAUGGGACUGGAAGGAUAUUUUACUGGGUCUUGAUGAGAUUCUAAUUCUUUACCAUUUUUUGUUUUCUCUCUCUAGUUGAGAUAGGGUUUCCAACUUUGUUUAGUAGUCUUAAAUGCUUAAAGAUGUCAACAUUCCUUUGGCAGCGUUAAAAAGUUAAGGUGUUGUAGGUAGGUGUGCCAUUUUGUGCUCCUGUAUUCUAAGAAGCAAAAAAGGUACUGCCCUAGUACUGUGAAUGACCUAGUAGGAAGAAUGAGCACGCGUAAUCCUGCACUCAGAGAGAACUGCCAGAAUAAUGAAGCAUUGUGUACUUAAGGUAUUUAUCUUUCCAGUCUCCAAGAGAUGGCUGUAAGCUGAUAUAAAGGGAGAACAGACAGAGGGGGGCAAGCCGGUUAAGUGAAGGGGACAAAGUACAACAUUUACCAGAGUAUGCAAGUGUUUUUGGCGUUCUGAUAUCAUCUUCUCUAGAAGCAAUCCUUUUACUAGGAAAGAAAAUUUUAAGUCUACUUUGUUGUAUCUUGGGCUGUAUGCAUAGUAGGGUGUCUCCAUGACCUUAGAAGACUUAAUUUGAAAUGAAUAGUGAAUGUGUUCUGUGCAUUUUUAAGUGUUAACUCUGAUACUAAGGGGCUUGGAAGGAUCUUGAAUUUAGAGCUGUGGCUUCCUGCAUUUUUUCUUUAUUUUUUUUUCCUUUUUUUUCUUUUUUUUUUGACUCACAGCCAGAUUCUUUUCCCACUACCAAAAAUUCCUGAGAGCUUAACUAACUUAUAAAUAAUUCCUUCUGUUUCAUGUUAUUAUAGAUGACAACAGAACUAUUCUUUUGCAUAUGUUUUCCUUGGCAGCUAUGAAUACUAAUUAAGUCUGGAAAUAUAUGAGACUGCAUUGACAGUUUUGGGCAACUUAAAUAAGAAUGAACCCCUCCUCCUGCAAAGGGAGGAUGCCUAGAGGCUGUGCAUGUGCCUAUAUGUGAAGUUGCUUCUCCAGUUUGGUAUAUUUGACAAUGGAAACUAGUGGCAUCGCAUAGCGGCAGAGCUUAGGAAACCUCAAGAAAUACCAACUUUUCUUUUGCCCACAAUACUUCUUAUGCUUAAGUAGGAUAACAAUGUUAAUGGGCUAGUACUGCCAGUACAUUAAUCUGUGUAAUCCUGUGUAAUUGAGCAUAGUUUUCCCAGUUCUUAGUUUCUUAGUAGUAUUUAAAUUGUAAUUGUAAGGCUGUUUUUAUUCCUAAUACCUUGCUUUUAGAAGCUGCCUGACAAGGGAUCCCAAGGGAGGUAAUUCCUAUUGAGUAAUGUGAAAUAUUGCUAUUCGUGUGUCUAUUUCUAGAGCACACAAACAACAGUAUUUUAGAUAACUCACAAGUAGAGCCUGUGGAGUUUCUUGGGCUAUAGAUUUGAACUCAGUGCGCUGGUGUUGUGAGAGCUGCACUCUUCCACAGUAAGCGUGGUGGUAGGACUGCCAAACUGGUCCUCACCCCUUCAUGCUGCCUAUGUUCAAUACUUGAAUUUUAACUUUUUUUUUAUGUACUCUUCCCCUUUCUUGUUUUUUCUCACAAGCUUUCAGAAGAUUGUACGUGCUGCUCUGCACUAUGUUUUUACAGAUGCCGUCCCUGUUCCUGAGAAGGCACAAGUAGACUGAGCGUAGGACUUAGCCAGUCUUUCUAACAGAGGGAGGGUAUAGCUCAGGAUUACAAUUACCUCCUUACCUUUCCUCUAAUUCAGAGCUUGGAAACUGAAAAUGGGAAGUUCUCUGUACCCUCAGACUUUCUACAGAAUAUUUCUAGGGCUGAGGUGACAGUGGCCAUGCCUGGGAUUGCAGCAGGCAUUCAUGACUAAAAUGCCCCUAAAAAUUUAAAGGAGAGCUGCAUGACAUGUGCUCAUCUUUUUUGCAGCAUGGAAAAUAACCUGUUGCUGUAAAGCACGUAAUUUAACACACAGAUGUCAAAUCUUCACUAUCCACAGCUGAUCCACAGAGAGGUAGUGUGCUGUGAACAGUGGAGCAUAGCUUGCUUUCCAAAUGUGCAGCAUUUUGUUCAGAAUCAACACUGGAAAAGCAUGCACAUAAUCCACCUGACUGCUGUCUCCAUUACGGAUUGGGAAGACUAGGUCUUUGACUCUCCUAGCUUAAUGAAAUGUGAACUGACUUUUGUUGCCUUUACACUGUGUGGCUUCUCAGUGCACCAGUGCACUUAAUAUGUUCUCACUGUGUAUCUUGCAUAUAGCUUUAUGCUGUGGUAUACAGCUGCAGUGUUGACUGAAUGUACAAAAUGUUCAUGUGAAAAUGUAUGUAUAAAUGUGGCUUUACAGUGUUGAACCCUGAGGAUGACUGCUUCAUUUUUCGUAAGGAGUGUUGCAUGUCUGUUUAAUUCUGUCUUUUUGAUGACACCUCUGGAAAUUUAACUUAAUAAAAGAUUCUGGUAAAACCUA